UUACAUUACGGGAUACUUAAAGUUGAGGGCAGACAGGCUUUGCUGAGAGGAGGAAGCCACCUUCGGCUGAUGUGAAAAACUGUCACCACAUAUGUGUCAAUGUGCUCACUGUCACGUAUGUACUGUAGGAGGCGUGGCGUCAGUCGGACAGGGAAAUGAAAUUCAGCUGAAAGCUGUGGCUUCAGUGCGACAAUUCAGCUAUUGCUCUAAAAGGCACAUCAAGGCAGGGAUACCUCCCAUGGAGAGGAAUCCUCAUUAUGAUUCUAUUCUGGACCGGAAUACCAGAGUCAUGUGGCAGGACGACUGCUACCUGGAUCUUCAGUCGACUCGCCUGUCUGUCUCUGCACAAAUUCAAACUGAGGACCAUCAAUGGAUCCAAAAGCAUCACAGGCUCAUGCGACGGUUCAUCACGGCGUCCUUCCUGGAGGAGAUCUUAACCCACUUGCAAAAGCAAAAUGUGCUGAGUGCAUUUGAAAAGUCCAAGGUCAGAGAUGUGGGUCAGUUGCAGGAGCAGGUGAACAUGCUUAUAACCAUCAUCGGUGGGAAGGGCAAUGAGGAAUGUGAAGUCCUCCAGGACUUCAUCAAGAGCUGUGACUGUCCUGCCGCUCGGCUCAUUUUGAACCACGAUCACAUGGUGAUGGAGCACAAGGAAUUUCUCAAGAGACGACUCAGAGAUUCUGGUGGCAAAGUGGAUGUCACAUCCAAAUCCUUACUCCUGGUGGACGGCCUGUCGGACCUGCAACAAAAAGAGCAUGAUGUCAUGCAGGUUGCAGCGAUGCGUGGAGGUAGACGGAAUCACCUGAGGGCGCUGAACUUGCCUAAGCUUUUGGAGCCGAUGACUCGGGUCAGUUUCCCUCCAAGAGUGUCUCUCACAGUCGGGGUGGCCGGCGUUGGGAAGACCACGUGUGUCGGGCAUUUUGUCAGAGGGUGGAGCCACGGAGAUAUUUGUGCAGACACACAUUUUGUCUUGCCGCUCAAUUUCAGUGAGCUGAACUCUUUAGAGAAGAUCUCAGCUGAGAGGCUGGUGAAGUUGGCUUUUCCUCACAUCACUGAACCGGGACUGAUCCUGAGCAGCCCCUGCAGGACAUUGCUCAUCCUCGAUGGCUUGGAUGACUUUUACCACUCAUUGAACUUCAAUGACGCCGUGCCCUGCACUGACUCGAGGAAAGAGUUGACCAUUGCAGAUUUAGUGACCAACAUCAUCCAAGGAAAUCUUCUCCCAGACGUCGUGGUGUGGCUCACCUCCAGGCCAGGGCUGGCCUCACUCAUCCCCGGAGGACUGGUUGACCGUGUGACUGAAGUGCCAGGAUUCUCUUCCAAAGACAUUAAGAACUUCUUAACUCAACACUGCCCUGAGAAAGACUUUGCAUCAAAGAUAUGGGCUCAUCUAGAGUCCAAUAAAAUCUUAAUGGUGAAUUGCUAUAUGCCACGUUUUUGCUGGAUAUUGCUGGACACACUGGUUUACAUCCUUCAAUGUGGGGUCCAAGAGAUGCUCCCGAAAACUUGCACUGAACUAUAUUCCUACUUUUGUUCCAUGAAGGCAGAAGUGGGUGAAGCAAGGGGCAGGGAGCCCAUAAAAAUAGAGCAGAUCCAUGGAAGCUAUCGUAAACUGUUUGGGAAUCUCGGGAGGAUGGCGUUUUAUGGACUCCUCAGGAACAAGUACACCUUCAGUGAGCAGGACCUCAGGGUCUACGGGAUAGAUCAGUUGUUGAUCCAAAGCAGUCUUGGUGCCGGGCUUCUGAUGUGUGAGGAGUCUUGUGUGUGCACAACGUACAGAUUCAUUCAUUUGACUGUGCAGGAGUUUGUCGCUGCUACCUUCUACCACGUGUCCUCCAAGCGAGCAAUCUUCGACUUGUUCUCAGAAAGCACCAUGUCCUGGCCCAAAAUCGGUUUCCAAAACCACUUCCGAAGUGCCUUCCAGCACGCACAACAGGCAAACAAUGGCCACCUGGAUAUGUUUGUGCGCUUUCUGGCCGGGCUUCUGUGUCCAGUGGCGCAGAAACCGCUCGCAGGACUCUUAUCCGCCAGUAAAGACGAUGGCAACCAAAGGGCCUGGGCUGCUGGAUUUCUACAAGGGCUCUUGGCCAGUGGAGGUGCUGUUGUGUCAAUGCGGGCUGUCAAUCUGGUUUAUUGCUUACAGGAGCUGAAAAACACAGAAAUGAUUUGGGGUGUUGAGCAGGAUUUAAGACUUGGCAGUCUCCCAGAGAAGAUAACGCGAGCCCAGUGUGUGGUCUUGGGAUACCUGCUGCAUGUUUCUGCAGAGUGUGAGGAACAGACCAACCUCACUGCCUCACUCAACUACUCCACCGUCAAAUGUUUGCUGCCACAGCUGCUGUACUGCAGUCACCUCAGACUGGAGAAUAAUCACUUCAAAGAUGAUGUCAUGGAGCUCUUGGGAAGUUUGCUGAGUGCCAAGGACUGCCAGAUUCAAAAGUUAAGCUUGGCAGAGAAUGCAGUCGGGAGCAAAGGUGCCAAAGCACUGAGUCGGGCCCUUCUGGUCAACCGGACAUUAACGUCCCUCAACCUCCGCAACAAUAACAUUGGCUCUAAAGGUGCAAAGUUCUUGGCGGAGGCUCUGAAAAUGAAUCAGGUUCUCUCAUCAAUCAACUUCCAGAACAACUCCAUUGAAGAGGAGGGGGCACAAGCUGUGGCAGAGGUUUUGCAGUGCAACAGGAAGCUUGUCACUCUCAACAUGAGGAAGAACACCAUCGGAGCAGGUGGAGCAAAAAGGAUCGCAAGUGCACUGAAGUCGAACCAAACUCUCAAAAAACUCACGCUUUGCAGCAACCAACUCGGGGAUAAAGGAUCUUCUGCUCUGGCCGAAGCUCUGACAGUCAACCACACUCUGCUCUCCCUUCAGCUCCAGAGUAACUCAAUAAGCAACAAGGGGAUGACAGCCCUGACAAAGGCGCUGCGACUCAACAGAGGACUUGUCUUUUUGAAUUUGAGAGAAAACUCCAUCGGAGUGGAGGGAGCGAAGAACAUGGCCCUAGCUCUCCAUGACAACAACUCCCUUCAAGUGCUUGAUCUUACAGCAAACCUCUUACAUGAUGAAGGAGUUCAGGCUCUGGCAGGAGCUAUCAAAAAUAAUCAAGGUCUCACCAGCUUGCAUCUCCAAUGGAAUUUCAUCAAGUCUGCAGCCACCAAAGCGUUGGCAGACGCUCUUCUCUUCAACAAAACCAUCCAGCUUUUGGAUUUACAGGAGAAUGCGAUUGGAAAUGAAGGCGUGAUUUCUCUGGCUGCAUCCCUGAAAACUAACACUUCUCUUCACACAUUAUGCCUUCAAGGGGUUUCAGCAGGCACCGCUGGUGUUAUUGCACUUGCUGAAGCGCUAAUGACCAACCAGACGCUGCGGACAUUAGAUUUUCGUGGAAACACUGUGGGCAUGGAGGGUGCUAAGGCCCUGGCUGGUGCCUUGAAGUGUAACAGAAGCCUCAAGUCAUUAAAUCUGCAGGAGAACUCUCUGGGUAUGGACGGAGCCAUCUUCAUUGCAACAGCGUUGAAAGGAAACCACCAACUGACCUACAUAAAUUUACAGGGAAAUGGCAUCGGAGAGUCCGGCGCAAAAGUUAUAUCAGACACCAUUAGAGCCAACGCACCAUGUUGUGUGGUAGAUAUGUGAGCGGAGACAAAUGGCUGCAACCAUCUGAGUCAGUUGCUAUGUGAGCCGGGUUCAUCUCAUCUUGAUUUUACAGUUCAAUGGCCAAGUAAUUUAACUUGUCUAAUAAAUAAAUGUUGAGAGUCUU